AUGAGCGGUACCUGCCACCUGAUUGACCCUUCUGGCGAUGUUGUCCUAGUCCUAUCCGCACAACGACGAGCUCCCUCCGAGACCAGCCCAGCAGAGGAAGCAACACAAACCAAACCGGUGCCAUCAACUUGUCCCGCGUCUACAGAAGCCAAUAACAAUGCUUCUAUUAAAAAGAAUGCAGGAGGAAAGCUUCCUAAUCCAAAGGACGGAGCAGCAGCAGUAGUUGAAACACCCCAGACACGCUUCAAAGUGUCAUCAAAACAUCUGACUCUGGCGUCAAACUACUUCAAGGAUCAUCUCAAGAAACGUAUCUCUCCGGCUAGCACUGCCGACGAGCCAGGAUAUGUCGAGGUCCAUAUGCUGGACAGUGACCCCGGAGCAUUUCUGAUUGUCAUGAACAUUAUACACAAUCAGGGCCAGCAGAUCCCGAAAGAAGUUGACGCAGCGAUGCUGCUGAAAGUUGCCGCUGUGGUCCGCUAUCUCAACUGUCAAGAGGCAUGUACCUUUUUCUUUGGAGUCUGGAUGAAGCGGUUGGUCGAUGAGAAUAAAAUAGUCUUCGACACAUGGGAUAACUGCUUGAAAUGGGUCUAUAUCAGCUGGGCUUCCAAUCGCCAUUCCUUGUUUACAAGCUCCACGAGUGCCGCCAUGUCUCGGAGAUGUUCGUCGUCUACGUACCCUGCUGAGCUCAAUCUUCCAGAGCAUAUCAAAGGUAUUGUUGCUAAUCAUCUCCUACACCUCUUAUCGGCCUACGACGUCCCAAUCCGAUGA